AUGAGGGAACACGUGUGCGGAUUGUCGAAAAGUUUGGAGAACAUGCAUCAGUUCGGUUCUGUGAUAAACAUGAAGGACGUCACGUAUCACCAGCUGUGGAUGAAUCUGUUCAAGAUCAGUGGUAAUACACCAAGAUCGAGAUUAUUCUUGGACAGCAUGGCUGCUGUCGCUGCAGAGUGUACGAGGCACGCUGCUCUCAAACACUCGUGGAUCAUUCACCCUUUUAGUACUUUUAGAUUCGUUUGGGAUUUAAUCAUGUCAGUUAUAUAUUUGAUCGCUUUUGUAUCCAUCCCGUUCGUGAUUUGUUUCAUCGUGAUGAACCACGAGGGGAUUCGAUUGGACAAAUACAAUUUGUUUAUUUACGCGUUCUGCUGGUUGGACAUAUUUUGCAACUGCGUCACGGGGUACAAAGAUAAAAAGCGUGGGAUCGUCGUGUUGGAACCAUUGAAGAUAUUAAAACAUUACCUUCGAACGUACCUCCUAGUGGAUAUUAUCUCUUCCUUGCCAUGGGACCACAUAACACUGCCAUGGCGGCGGAUACCAGGGGAAGACGUUAAUCACAUAAUCAUCAUAAUAAAUCUUCUGCCUCUUUUGAAGCUGAUACGCUACGGCUACGUCAAUUUACAAGUCUUCGAGUUGUUCAGCUACUUCGAAAUAAUGCAUUUCUACUACCAAAUGUUGACCACUCUCAUGUUGGGCCUCUACCUGAUACUCUGGUCUUCUUGUCUGUGCUACUUGAUACCAGUCUUGGUCCUCCAUUUUCAAAAUACAUUGGCGAAAGACUGUGUCAAUUGUUGGAUGACAGGAUUAGACAGUGGCAGUAUAUCGUUGAGAUUUCAACACUCUCUUUUCAUAGUUCUCGAGAAAAUAGCAGCCAGCGGUUAUGGCAUGUACGUGCCACGAACGGAUGGUCACCUUCUCCUGAGUAGCAGUUUAAUGAUUAUGGGUAGACUGCUCGAGUGUUACAUCGUAGUGAUGCUGAUUCAAAUAAAAGCAAUCAGAAAGGCGUCCAAGUCGAAGUUUUUGGAAAUCAUGAACCAACUGACCGCUUACACGAGACAGAAGCAACUUCCUCCGCAGAUGAAGAACCGUCUCUUAGCGUACUAUCAAUACCGUUUCAGGAACAGCUACUUCCGCGAGAAAUGGCUUCUGUCGCAUCUAUCGGAAUCACUGUGCCAGGAAAUCGCGCUCCAGUCGAGUCACCGUCUGGUCCAGAACGUGGCCAUCUUUAAAAUGUUGCCGGAACACGUUCUCAGGAUGAUCGUUAAGAAUCUGAAGUUCGAACUGUACCUGCCUAACGACGUCAUAGUGAAAUCUGGCGCUCAGGGCGACUGCAUGUUCUUCCUGUCUGCUGGGACCGUGGCUGUGUUGACUCCUACUGGAAAAGAGAUUUGCCACCUUGAAGAUGGGGCCCAUUUCGGGGAGGUGGCGCUGUUGGUCCCCGAUCAGAGAAGAGUCGCGAGCGUCGUCGCGAUCGAGGUCUGCGAGGUGUAUCGUUUGGAACGUAAAGAUUUCCGGAAAUGCAUCGCAGUGCACACGGAAUUGUUCGCGAACAUCGAAAGGAUCGCGGCGGACAGGAUCGAGAAGGCCUUGCUCAUCGAAGAACAACACAAACGCUACCUCAUGCGCGACUCGUUGCAAACCGACGACGUAUUAGCCUAA